AUGCCGCAGGACGUCUCUUCUCAGGUUAUUACACAGGCCGCUGCUGUCAUCACAGGCGCCUUUCUCUCUGGAAUCAUGAUGGGACUUUCUCUCAUCGACAUUCCAGUUGUGCUUGGCACUGCCACUCAAUCCUCGGAUUUAUCGCAACACUUCGUACGCCUCUACGACAUUGGACAUAAGAUGAUGCCCAGCUUGGCUAUCACUACCUGUCUUCUCUACGGUCAUGCUAUGACCCGUGCGCGGGCUGCGGGCCGGUCGGGACUGCCUCAUAUGAUUGCUGCAGUGACAACGAUCUCGAUGGUGCCUUUUACGUGGCUGGUCAUGGCCCCGACCAACAACGCCUUGUUUCAAAUGCACUCAGCUCCCGCUGCGCCCAAUCUGGGAGAGGCUCAGCGACUCCUCGUGCGAUGGGCGAAACUGCAUGCAGUGCGCUCAUUGUUUCCAUUGACGGGGGCGGUCCUGGGUUUCAGACAGGUCCUCAGAGAGGGAAGGCUUUAG